AUGAUUAUGCUUCGGCACGUCCCGCCACGGGUAGUCGCCAGGACAGCGUCUUUCAACUUGGGAAGGCUUGUACCGUGUGUACGGUCCUUCCUGACAUGGCAACCACUUCGAAACAAAUCCCAGAGGGAUGACAACGUCGAGCGGGAAAUCGAAAAGCUCAAGCAGUUGAAACAACGCUAUGAACACGCCCACUUUUUCGAAAAGAUCAGACUCAAAUCGGAGAUGAUGAACCAGCUGAUCAAAGUGCAGCAGGCUCAGGCAGAACGCUUGUUCAACGAUCUGAAAAAGACCCCGGUGAUCCCGGUCCACAACCCUGAGGACCCGAACGAGAUCAAACGCUACCAAGUGAUUUACAAUUUUAUGCUCAACUCCUUCUUGGAUCAGUGUAAGGUGGCGCAAGCUUACCCUAACGCUCAGUCAAACCCCGACACUAUCAUCGAUGAAAUCAUCACCAUGUUCAAGAAAUUGCACACUGAGACCGUCCCCAUCACCAAGGAUGAUGUGCUUUUCUACUUUCACAUUUACUGGGCUAUUGCCAACAACGAAGUUUACAUGGAUGAGCUCAAAUUCGACUCGCCAGUGGUGCAAAAUCUUUUGGAUCAAUACGUCAAGCACAGCCCUUACGACGAAGAGAUAGUUGCUAAGGUGGCCAAGGACGGCAACUUAGAUCCCGUGGUGGUUGAAGGAUGGUUUGAAGUGUUCGACACUCUUGCUCUGACACCGUUUUCCACCUCCGACAACAAACUCGAGUGCCUGUUGUGUCCCUUACAGUACGCUCAAUACCGCGCUGUUACCGAAGAACUUAAUGCCAUUCAGGAUAAAAUUCGUCUGUUAUACGGUAAGCAACUGCAAGAGCAAGGGGCGGCUAAGGACAAGAAGCGUCCUUUUGUGCUGUUCGAAUACGAGACCAGCGACAGCAAGGGUCAAAAGAAGCGUCCUCAAAGUAAGGAUGAGAAGGUGAUUGAGUUCCGCGUGGGUCCGGCUCAGCUUUUCCAAAUUGGGUUGCUCGUUGGUUUGACCAUCUUUAUCUUGACUUCGAUGAAUGACGGCCCUCAACCUGACGAGUUGUCUUUCCAAGAAUUUGUGACUCAACUCUUGACGAAGCAGAUGGUUAAUCGCCUUAUCGUGGUGAAUGGGAAGACUUGUCACGUCGAACUCAAUGACAAUGGUCACCGCAACUACAACCACCGCAACUUCUUUUUCAACAUCGCUCUGAUUGAACAGUUUGAAAAUCAACUCAAGGAAACCCAAGAUGAAUUGAAAAUUGACCCUUCGUUGCGUGUCCCUGUGAUCUAUCAAAGCUCUGGUCAAACCCUGAAGAUGUUAAUUAACUUUUUGCCUACUCUUCUCUUCUUGGGGGCGAUUUACUACAUGACGAAGAAGGCUGGUGCUGCUGGUAUGGGUGGCCCAUUCAACUUUGGCAAACUGACGGCAAAGAAGUUUAACCAGGAAACUGAUGUGAAGGUCAAGUUUAAGGAUGUUGCGGGGAUGCAAGAAGCUAAGGAAGAAGUGAUGGAGUUCGUCAAGUUCUUGCAAAACCCGGAGAAGUACGAGAAGUUGGGGGCCAAAAUCCCCCGUGGUGCCAUUCUUUCUGGUCCCCCGGGUACGGGUAAGACCUUGCUUGCUAAGGCCACUGCAGGUGAAGCGGGUGUUCCUUUCUACUCUGUGUCUGGUUCCGAAUUCGUGGAAAUGUUUGUUGGUGUUGGUGCACUGAGAGUGCGUGACUUGUUCAAAACUGCUAGAGAAAAUGCUCCGUCGAUUGUGUUCAUUGAUGAAAUUGAUGCAAUUGGUAAGCAAAGAAGCAAGGGUAACGCUCUGGGUGCUAAUGAUGAGCGUGAAACAACUUUGAACCAGUUGUUGGUGGAAAUGGAUGGGUUCGACACCACCGACCACGUGGUGGUAUUUGCUGGUACUAACCGUCCCGACAUUUUGGAUAAGGCAUUGAUGAGACCGGGGAGAUUUGACCGUCACGUUUACAUCGACAAUCCCGAACUCCAAGGCCGUAAAGAGAUUUUCGAAGUGCAUCUCAAGAAGAUCAACUUGUCGAAGGAUAUCGAGCACGAUCUCGCUGGCAGAUUGGCCGCUCUCACUCCUGGCUUCUCUGGUGCUGACAUCGCCAACGUUUGUAAUGAAGCUGCUCUUAUCGCUGCCCGGUUUGACGCCAAAACUGUUGGCUUGCGUCACUUUGAAUUAGCCAUCGAACGUGUAAUUGGUGGUGUUGAGAAGAAGUCGAAGGUGUUAAGCCCUGAUGAAAAGAAGGUUGUUGCUUACCACGAAGCCGGUCACGCAGUCUGUGGCUGGUACUUGGAACACGCUCAUCCUCUUUUAAAGGUGCUGAUUAUCCCCCGUGGGUCGGGCGCUUUGGGUUACGCUCAAUACUUACCCCCUGACCAAUACUUGUACUCGCUGCACCAAUUGAUUGAUCGGAUGGUGAUGACUCUUGGGGGUCGUGUUUCGGAAGAAUUACACUUUGACUUUGUCACCCUGGGUGCUCAUGAUGAUUUCAAGAAGGUUACCCAAAUUGCUCAGCUGAUGGUUUUGAGAUUUGGUAUGUCUAAAGCCGUCGGUAUGGUCAAUUACGCUGACACUCAGUCGCAAGACAACCUCACCAAGCCUUACUCAGAUGACACCAACGCUUUGAUUGAUGACGAAAUCAAGCGUAUCGUUCGUGAAUGUCAUGAUAGAUGUCGCGACUUGCUCAAGGAGAAGGCUGAUGCUGUUGAGUUAGUCGCUCAAGAAUUGUUGAAGAAGGAGUUCAUCACUCGUGAGGACAUGAUCCGUUUGUUGGGUAAGCGCCCUUUCCCUGAAACUAACGACGCCUUCGACAAGUACUUGGACGGCAAGGAUGCCUUCAAGCGUGACGAACAGGAGGACAUGAAAAAGUUUGAAGACGGUGAGACGAAGAAUGAGGAUGACGAUAAAAAUGCCAAUUAA